AUGAAGGUUUUCGUCGCAAUCGUGGCCCUUGCCUUUGCCGUUGCCUGCGAGGCAUCAUAUUUGCCGUACGAUGAUGUCCUGUCGUACCCUAACUAUGCAGCUGGAUGGCCGGUGUCGAAGGUGGUCGUCGGCAACUCGUACGGUUUACCAUCCGCCGUGGAUAAAUACUCCUAUCCUUCGUGGUAUGGCGGAUACCCACUGGCCAAGAACCUAGUCUCGUAUCAGUCGGUAGCUCCAGUCUUCCCAACCAAAGUCGUCGAUAACAGCUACGGAAGCAGCUACGGCCUGGGAUACAACAAGCUCGUCGCUCCGGUUGUGUCCACCAAAGUCGUCGAUGGAGGACUGUGGAACUAUGGCGGUUACGGCGUGGGAUACAACAAGUAUCUUCCGUCGGUUCCAGUUGCCAAAUAUGUUUUGUAA